AUUAUACUUACUACUUUUGUGUACCUACCCACUUUUGACGUGUCGGUACAAUACAAAACUGUCAUCUCGUAUCCCGCGCUUGGCAGGGCUAUUUUCGAAACCUUUGAAGCAACUCUAACACUAACACCAAUAGGACUAUCAAUAGGACUAUGCUAUUAUACCUAGGUUGUGGAGAGGGGGCUUGAGAGAUGUGACAGGAUUUCCCCACGGAUAAUCAACAACAAAUAAUCAAGGAAUAGGAUUAUUUUUUACUUUACAGGCUUAUGGGAUUCUAACCCAUGCAUGUAUGUAUUGGCCAAUUCCCCUCACUGACGCAAAUACGUCCAACCGAAUUGCCAAAUAACGAUUACCUUAGGUACCUCAUAGCAAGAUUGAUAGGAAAGUGAACAACAAAAGCUCCCAAACAGCUUGCUAUGGAUGCAAAUGCAGUGUAUAACUACCUAAAGUACCUAGGUAGGUAGGUAAACAUAUAAAAGAAAACAAACAUCAUAUCGUACGUGUAGUAAGUAAGUAGUAACUGAGUAGAAACAGCAUCUCUGAGCUACAAAAUGGCGGGGUGUCACCUUGAAACCUCAUUGGAUACAUUCUCACCAACUUUCCGCAACAACUCAAACGGUAUCACUCCCUAUUACACAAUGGCAAGACCUCCUAGAAGUGACGUCGAUGAUGGAGAGUCACAACGAUCCUCUCAUAAUCGACGGGGAGGGGUGCAUAUAGACACUACAUCUUUCCCAUUUACCUAUUCACAGUCCUCAAAGUCAGAGACGUACAGCCCAGACGGACCUUCGUAUUACCUUCACCCGUGUGCCAACCACAGUAACGAUACCAACGACCAACAUGAAAAAUCCAAUGCUGAUCAGCCCAUAACGCGGGUGAAGUCAUUAUCGAGGCCAGGAGCUAAAGCCUUAAGAAGGAAUCGUCCAGUCACUCCCGCACCGGCUGCUCCUAACGCAGGGACCAGCACAAACGUUAAUGCAGAGUUAAAAGUUUCACUCGCCGCCAGACAGCUGGCAUUCCAGAUCAACGAGAGCAAGAAGUUUUGGGUCACUUUUCAGGACGAGUUCGAGGCGGAAGUAAAUGCGGUCAAGUAUUACGUCAGCGACGAUGUCCUUCAGCGGAUAUGGCAGAAGAGGAUCGAGCACAACAGCAAGUACAAGAGUGACGAGGACCAAGAUGACGAGCAAUUUAAAAUUCAGAAGAUGAAGCUGGAAGCAUGCUUGGACCAGGUCAAAGAGGCUGCAAAGGCGUACAUGCAGUCCCAUCCGCUCAGUAACCCCUCUGACCACGAUCCUCGGCAAAUUGCCCUAGAGAAAGUUCAGGUAGCUGGAGACCGUGUUCUACUACUAGCUGAGAAGUCCACGUUAAGUAAUGUCGCUUGUGCAGAUUUGGUCACGCAGGCAUCGGAUCUGGAGAAGCUGGUAGAUUCGCAAAGCCCAGACGCCAAGAUCUUACAUCGGUUCGACAAGAGGGAAACUAGAAGAAACUUAUCAGGAGGCGAAGACAUGGAUCCUGUCGCAACCGAACCAGCAUUUGAAGAGCAGGAUUCACCAGGUCAAGAUGCAGCACAUAUAAAGGAUAAAGAUGAUGAGAGUUGAAUGAUAUUUUAGGAUAGACUUGGACGAAUGUCAGAAAGGCUUUUCCAAGUGUAUUCCUGCUACCAUUUCUCGAAAAUGAUACGCUAGGUUAGGAGGUAGUUAUAUGCAUGUAUGUAUCGUUAGCAGUAUCCUCAACCUCUAGGGGAAUGAGAAAUUGGGAUUAGUACAAGACUGACCUUGAAAGAAAAAGAGUGAAGCAUCGCCCUCACCAGAGUAAUCGGAAUCGAAUUGUAGGCGCCUGCUACCCCCAGAGGAGAAACAGACAAAUCCUACGCUGCGUAUCGCACUCAAGUGUUCUCACACACAAUCUCCGCAACGGCUCUCCCAUAGGAACCGCAACUCCCCCGUCUUCUCCUUGCGGAUAUGCACGGGGUGAAGGGCCCUGCGUUUCUGAUGCCAAUCUUGCAGACGUGUAAAACCAUCACGCCAGACCCUUGCGGGCAGACCUGUCAAUCCCGCAGCUAGGCAGGCGACGAGGUGGUGAUGAAGAAUACUCCGAAUUUCUCAUGAGCGAUAAAAUGUCGGUUUUGAACUCCGAAGAGGACAGAACCGACGAGAGGCAGCUUGCGCGGCGUUCUCCGUAUGUAGCUCAGAAACGCAGCGUUGGUGAGGGCGAUGC